UGUGCAGGACCGCCCCUAACAGACAAAUUCUGGAAGAAUGCACGGUGACAAACGCAAAAGAAGGACAGCGCAGAGGACAGGAUGAGCUCAGUGGCGCUGUCGGCCGUUCUGGACAAGCACAUUCGCCGCCUGUGUCUCGAUCAGUUUCCCUGUGGAAAAGGCAGCUGGAGGAAGGGCAGCGGCGGCGUCGGCGCUGAGGCAGGGGCAAUGACGGAGGACACGGACACGCUGCUUGACCUGCUCAGUUGCCCGCACUCGCCGUGGCACCACGACGAGCCGUGGAGCCCGCAGGCCGCCGCUCAGCGCGUGGCCGUAGUGGAGCCCGAGCGACUUGACGCCGACUUUGUGUGCAGUUACUUCCGGAAGCUGCGCAUCGUCGACAAGGACGUGUCUGUGAUUGACAACUUUCUGCUGAAGUUCUGCAACCUGCAGGAACUUGUGCUCAGCGCCAACCGUAUCUGCGAGAUUUCUGCCGACAACCUCCCCAGAACGCUGAAGGUAUUGGAGCUGCGUGCCAACCAGCUGUGUGCUUUGGGCCGCCUCGCCAUCUCUCCGCCCCCUCGUCUUCAGUACCUUGGCCUUGCCGCCAACCACCUGGGAUCCCAUCGAGAUGUCACCCAGCUCACGGGGAGACAAUGGCCUGAGCUGGUGUGUCUGGACCUGAGCGAGUGCGACUUCGGGGAGCAGCGCCCCCUGCUAAAGGCCCUGGGUACGCUUCCAUGUCUGCGGACCCUGGUGCUGGAGGGCAACCCGUUCACGUUGGCGCCCUCGUACCCAGGCUUUGCCGUGGACGCCCUGCCCCGCCUCUCCUACCUGGACGCGGCGUGGAUCGCCCCCGAGGAGCGACACCGAUACCGCGGGAUGGCCAGGAUGAGCCACCUUCUGGUGGACUGGGCUUCAGCCACAGUGCGCGUGGGCCGGAUGCAGGGCAUUCCGGACCCGCUGUUGGACGAGGACCCCGAUGCUCCAGAAUUCCCUGUGGUCAGCUACAGCUAUGUGAUCUCGUACAUGUUCUAUAGUCACCAAACCACCGCCUACCAGGAAGUUGUGUGUGGUGGUGCAGCGAAGAGUCAGGACCAGGGUCAGGACCAGGGUACUGGACAAACUCAGACACCUAACAAGAAGAGUGAAAAAGAGACUGUGGUGUCCAACGUGGCAGAAGGCAGCCAGGAACACUCCUCCUCCACUGAGUCGAGACACAGCACUUCGUCGCAGCCGUGGGCGGACUGCGUUGACUUCGACGAUGCGCUAACGUUCGUCGUGCGAGACCUGAGCGGCUUCAAGAAAUUCCUCCACCGAGGGUUUCGAGUUUUUAUCGAGCAGGAAAAGAUCCUGUCGUGGCCUGCGGAAGCCUCAGACGAAGCCGGUCAAGGCGGCGUGGACAAGAAAGGGAAACAAGCCAAGGUGAAAGACAAGCGAAAGAAAGCUGUGGUGGAGCUGGUUGCGGAUCCACCCAUUGCCACAGUGGUGGCAUCCUCUCACGUGUCACUGCAGGGCCUUCUCUACGGACAUCAAAAAGUGGACGUCCUUUGCGAUUUUGGCUGCCUGCACAAAGAUCCUCCGAAGGAAGAUACUCAAAUAAUGGACGAGAACAUCAUCAUGGACAACAAAGCCAAGGAUGAAUCCAAGAAGAAGGGAGGCGGCGCAGGAGGGGGGCGUGCAGGAAACAAGAAACCACCAACUACCAAAGGUAUGCGCAGAGGAAAAGGCAGUGAGGAGCGCGACGCCGCCACACCCACCCAAGCCGAGACGGCCACGGUGGAGCUGAGCGUGGAGCUCAAAAAAUGGCGCCACGCCUCCAAGGUGGCGCCACUCACGCCCGCCAACUCGUGAGCCAAGACGUACUCU